GAGCACAGCAAGAAAUCGUUUACAAAGUGGGCUCAAUAUUCACGCUGAUACAAGAAGCUUCUCCAAUCCAUAUUACAGGCUUUGAACCGGAUCAGAUUUGUGAUCUCAUGCCUGCUCUGUUUCAAGUGGGUUUGUUUCUGGUUAUUCCCACAACAAGAUAUCAAGCACACCACGCUCUUAGUUUCAAAAAUAUAGUAUAAUUAGAUAAACAAGAACAGCAAUCUCUUUAAUUGUACCAUGUUUCCUCAGACAAAGGUACAGUGUUCUCGAAUCAUGUUCUUGAGAAAUACAUGUUCUUGGGUGGAGUCGUUCAAGUCAUUAAUCCUGUGAGUUGCCUUCAAAAUUGUUCAUCUUUGACGUAAUCGUCGUAUAGGCGUCUCGGAGGGUUCUCUUUUCGGGGUCCUUGCUCUUCCACGGCUUCACGGACUAAGCGCGGUUGAAGAUGGAUUUGGAGCUUCCCUUUGCCGUGCACAUGAAAGAAGAAAAUUCAUUUCUCUUUUUGUUCCUCUGUUGAUGUUCACGGGAGAUGGCGAGAUCAAUGGUUACAUUCUUCAUUUCGCCAAGAUCAUGGUUUCGUGGAAGGAUGAAGUGCACCCUCCUCAUUCACACCUCUUCAGUCUACCAACCCCCGCCAAAGCACUCCACAGUCGAAAACUAUGAAGGUCUAGAUCCCCAACGCCUUCUCAAUUUGCUCAACUCGUGCACAAAUUUCGAACAGAUGAAGCAACUACACUGCCAGAUGGUCACAAGUGGUCUCUCUUACACCAUCCCCACUUCCGUGAAGCUUAUAGAGAUCUCUUCUUCUUCUUCUUCAAGAAUGGACUAUGCCAGCCUAGUCUUCCGUGAAGUGGAAAACCCAGAUACCCAUCUUUGCAAUUCCAUGAUUAGAGCCAAUGCCCAUCUUAAUUUGCAUGAAGAAGCGAUUUUUGCAUAUAUCAAGAUGCACAGGCAGUCCAUCCUUCCUGACCAUUACACAUUUCCGAUUUUGUUGAAAAGUUGUGCUCACUUAUCACUUUUGGAUCUUGGCAUGUCCACCCAUGGCGCGAUACUCAAGUUGGGUCUUGACUCUAAUGUGUUCACAGAUACAGCACUAGUCUACAUGUACUGUAGCUGCAAAUGCCUGGACUCUGCGCGGCAAGUAUUCGAUCAAAUGCCUGAACGAAAUUCUGUUUCAUGGAAUGCUAUGAUAACUGGCUACACGCAUAAUCGGAGAUUUAUGGAGGCUUUGGAUCUGUUCUCCAGGAUGUGUGCUUGGAAAAUUGGAGUAAGUGAGGUUACUGUGGUUUCCGCACUCUCAGCAUGUGCUCAUCUCGGUGCUCUGAACCAAGGGAAAUGGGUCCAUUCCUUCAUCAAACAAAACGAGAUAAAAUUGAAUGUGUUCGUAGGUACUGCUCUGAUAGAUAUGUAUGCCAAAUGCGGGAGCAUAACCGAGUCAGAGAAGGUAUUUCAAGCAAUGAAAAGAAAGAAUACUUUCACCUGGAAUGCGAUGAUCUCAGGGCUGGCCAUGAAUGGACACGGUGAAGCUGCUGUUGAGCUCUUCUCCAGGAUGUUGGAGGAGAAUAUCAAGCCUGAUGGGGUUACUUUCCUAGCUAUUUUGUGUGCUUGCUGCCAUCAAGGUCUAGUUGAUGAAGGGAAAGAAUUUAUGAUCAGAAUGGAGAAAGAGUUUGCACUGCGACCAAAUAUCGAACACUAUGGAUGCAUGGUUGAUCUUCUCGGCAGGGCAGGCUCUUUAGACGAAGCCAUGAAACUGAUCAACAGCAUGCCUAUUAAGCCUGAUGCAGCUAUCUGGCGGGCUUUGCUUGCUGCUUGUAGGGUACAUGGGAACAUGGAACUAAGCGAGUUGGCAAUUGGUAAUCUUCUUGAGUUAGAGCCUAAUAAGGGUGAGAAUUAUAUUCUUCUUGCAAAUUUACUUGUACGAUCUCGAAAGUGGGAUAAAGUUGCAGAAGUGAGGAAGACGAUGACUGAACGAAGGAUUAAGAAGGUCCCUGGUUGCAGUUCAAUCGAGGUUGAUGAUGUGAUCUAUGAGUUUACCGUAGGAGACAAAUUUGAUGGGGUUGAGUGGGAUAAGAUCGACUCCAUGUUGGGUGAGAUGAGCAGGGAGUUGAGGCUUGCUGGUCACGUUGCAGGCACAGAAAUAGUGUCUUAUGAUAUUGAAGAAGAAGAGAAGGAAAGCUCGUUAAUUUACCACAGUGAAAAGGUUGCUAUCGCUUUCGGACUUUUAAGGACUCUUCCCGGAACUGUCAUCAGGAUAGUGAAGAAUCUGAGGGUGUGCAAUGAUUGUCAUUCUAGUAUAAAACUUUUCAGUCAGAUAUACGAGAGAGACAUAACUGUUAGGGACAGAAACAGGUUCCACCAUUUUAGCGGCGGAACCUGCUCUUGUAGAGAUUACUGGUAACAGAAGCAGAUGUACAUAUUCUAUGGAAUGGAUGGAAAACAAGCUAGUGUCUUGCAGUU